CAUCGCACCACCUUUUUUCAUCCUUUUUUCUUAUCAGAUCUUAAGAGCCGAGCGUCACCAGCUCUACGCCGAACCGCACCCUCGGAUUUACCAGCUGGCAAAACAUCUGCAACCUACACCCCCGCCAACCGUCGACCAGCUGUCAGCGGCGAUAUCCCACCACCCGCCAGCGAAUGAGCGGCCAUAACGGACCCCGCCUGCGGAACCCUGCUCGUUCGUCUCUUCCACCAUGAUGGCCGCCUCGGGUGUUUCCACCACUGUUCCCUCCUCAUCCGCCGCCUCUCCCUCCUCCCACAACCAGACGUCGCAGCAGCAACACUCGUCGUCGACCUUUUCUCCCGUCGCCUCACCUCCCGCAACCGACGCCCGAAGCGUUUAUUCUGCCGCAUCUCGCUCCAACUCGGUCGUCUCGACGCCCAUUUCCGCAGCAUCGCCUGCCGCGAGCACACCCGGCGGUGCUCCCACACCAAAUCCGAGCGGACCGACAAAUGCCUCCCACGCCCCGCACCAACUACCUGCCAUCAGACAGAACGCUGCACAACAACCCAUCUCAGCCAGGCCGCCUCAGGUCGUGAACAAAAUGUCCAUGGCCUCCGUAAUCAGUCCCCCGCCCGUCACCGAGGCGCCCAAGAUGUCCAUGACCACCAAGGAAUGGGUCAUCCCUCCCAGGCCGAAGCCCGGCCGCAAGCCUGCUACCGAUACGCCACCCACCAAGCGCAAGGCCCAGAACCGUGCCGCCCAGAGGGCAUUCCGCGAGCGUAGGGCCGCCAGAGUUGGCGAGCUCGAGGAGCAGCUCGACGAAAUCCGUGAUGGUCACGAAAAGGUCGAAAAAGACCUCAAGGACAAGGUCCACGGUCUCGAGAUGGAGCUGCAAUCUUUCAAAUCCCGGUGCCUCGUGCUCGAAAACAUGUUGGAUCGCGAGAGAAAGGACCGCGUCAAGGCCGAGUCUGAACUCGAAAGCCAGAAGAGACGUUGGAAUGAGCAGCAGGCCGCGGCCCCGAGGCGUCUGCCAUCUCCCCAACGCCGAGGCUCCCAAAUCGCUCACCACGAGCAUCCCCCCCCCACCCCAUCGGCUGGCUACUCAAACCAGCCCUUUUCCAUCUCACAGAUCGUCUCCCCCCAAGACUCAACCCACAUGGAAGACUCGCCUGCCCCGUUUGGAUGCGGGUCAUGCGGCCCUGAAGGCUGCUCUUGCGCCAACGAAAUUCUUGCCGAUACCGUCACAGGAUGUGGCGGCUGCACUCUCGGAGGUCGAUGCCAGUGCCUUGAAGACACUAUCAAAAGCGCCAUCAUCUCGGACCUAAAGAGGAGCCACUCGCCCUCGGCGCCGACGUCCACCGAGAAGCGUGCCCGUGUCGAGCCCACUCCACCCGCGGAGGAGACGGAGAUUGACUUCACCGCCAUGUUCUCCAAGAAGGCACCCGUGCAGCAGGUGCAACAGGUGCAGCAGCAGCAACAGCAGGCGAACCUCGCCAUCGUGCAGCCUCAGCCCCAGCUCCCUUCCGUGGCCUUCAAGGACUCGUGUGGGUUUUGUAAGGACGGAAGCUACUGCCUCUGCGCCGACACUUCCAUGUCGCUCGGCCCGCCCGCCACUACCCCUUACGGACCUCCUCCCGCCUAUUCCCAGCAGGUUCAGACUCCCCCUCCCUCAGAGAACGAUGCCGUCCCUCCCCCCAUGCCCAUGGAGAUCGACGCCGACGGCGCCGUCAAGCUCCGCCCCCGUCCCCAGACCGUCCAGCCCGUCGCUCCCGUCUCCCGCGGCUGCGGCCCCAAGGGCCCCGGAUCCUGCGCCCAGUGUCUUGCUGACCCCAAGUCGGGUCUCUUCUGCCGCGCCCUGUCCGCCAACUUUGAGCGAAGCGGAGGAAACAGCUCCGGAGGCGGUGGGUGCUGCGGCGGUGCCGGUGCCGGAGGCGGAUGCUGCAAGUCCGAGUCCGCGCCGCCGCCACGUCUCCCGGCAAAGGGACGCCUCGGCUUGAGCCUGAGCUGCGCCGAAGCCUACCAGACCCUCUCCAGCCACCGCAACUUUGAAAAGGCAGCCGACGACAUUGGCUCUUGGCUUCCCAAGCUUCGCGCCGCGCCGAAGCCGGGCCAGACGCUGCCGUCGCCCUCUCGUCUGCCCAUCGAGGUCGAGGCAGCGAGUAUCAUGAGCGUGCUCAAGGACUUUGACAUUCGCUUUGGCAGAGGCCAGUAAACAAUGUACCAAGUUUUCCUUCGCCAUGGUUUGAGGGCGGGCAUGCAUAUUUCUUUUAUGAAUCUGGGACGGUCAUCUAAAAGCUCUGUUUGGUCUCACACAUUUGAGUUGUAAGACACGGUUGAUGUCGACAUGAGCACUUGAAAAAUUGGGAGGCGGCGUUUGGGGUCCUUGGAGACACUAUUUUGAUAUUUACACCCAAACUUCUAGGAAGGUAGGGCUACACAUGAGGAUGCUAUUUGAAAGCUUGCUCAUCGGAGGAGAGAGUAAGGGGGGAGGCUAUCUAGUUUCGGUGCAUCGACCUAAGCCAAUGGGGCCGGACUGUCUCAAGUAGUACGCAUUCUGAUC